AGAGCGUCUCAGAGGCAGACCGAGGACAAUGAAACACUGACUGAAGUACUGAAGCAGUGUAUCUGCACAAGAAGAAGAAUGGCUCUUCCGUCCACAAGCAUCCUCGCUGACUUCAACACUACUAUAAAUGGACAGCAAAACAACAUGAAUGGGAGUCAGUGUUAUAGUGACAAACCAAAUUUUUGGCACACCUCCGUGCUGCCGGUGUAUAUCCUGCUCGUCGCUGUGCUGGGAAUUGUGUUGAAUGUGUUUGUCCUCGGGGUUUUCUGUCUUCAUAAGAAGUCCUGUACCGUGGCUGAGAUCUACUUAAGCAACAUAGCUGCUGCUGACCUCAUCCUGACGUCCUGUCUGCCCUUCUGGGCUGUGAACGCAGCCAACCAAUUCAAAUGGCCCUUUUCUUAUCACCUGUGCCGACUGGUCAACUUUAGCAUCAACAUGAACGCCUACUCUAGCAUCUACUUCCUCGUUUUGAUAAGCAUAGAUCGUCGCGUGGCACUGACGGACCCUCUGUCCCAUAAAGGAAUAUCUAGGCCAAAAUAUGCCAAACUGGGCUGUGUGCUGGUGUGGGGUUUCGGCUUGCUCCUAAGUGUCCCCACACUUGUCUUCAGGGAAGUGAAAUAUUUCCCUGAUAUGCAAUCUAAUAUAUGCUAUUUGGCUUUCCGAAAUCUCACUGAAAGGGCUGUGUUUAAUGUGAUGCAGUUUACAUUUGGCUUCAUCAUCCCCUUUUUCAUCAUCUUCUACUGUACUAUAAAGAUUCUUCAAGCUCUGAACAACAGGAUAUUUGAGGGGUUAAACACCCAGAAGAAGGAGCAAAAGGCCACCACUCUGGUGCUGGCGGUCCUCCUGGCGUUUAUGAUCUGCUGGAUGCCAUUCCACGUGACAAAGAUAUUACUUUUGCUGCAAAAAGCUAAAGUCCUGACAGGGUGUAGCCUUGAGUACACCCUUAACAUCUGCGGCCAUGUCUUCACGUACCUCGCCUUCUUCAACAGUGUUCUCAACCCCAUCCUCUACGUCAUUGUAGGACAGCAAUUUCGGCAAAAAGUGAGGGGACUCUUUAAACAGUGGAGAUCUACCAGAAAAUCGUCCGUUAAUAUCUCAUGCACGAACUCAACCCAGAUGAGUAUUGUUAGACCUCAGUUGUAGGACUGAAGGGCAUUCCUUAGGAGCUGUUGUUUUUGUUUACUUACUUUCACAUAAUGAAGUUAUUAGUCAUGUUCCCCGAAGAAGAUAUGGAACAGUAACUUAGUUAUUUAGAAUGUAGUCAGAAUACACAUUAAAUACAAUCCUGUCUGAUGAGAGGAUGUUGUCUCAUACUCAGACCUUACUUUUUAUUUCAGAAUUAGAUUGGUCUCUCCAAACAGUUUCCUUCAUCUUAUCUUCUUUGAGCAACAGGAGGAAACCGAGGGGAAGGAGGAGAAAGAUAACCAUAACAUUUAGCAACAUGUAAGCGCUACUAACAUGAAUAGACCAGAGGAAAUCAAUGUUGUGGUCACCUUUUAAUGCAUGGGAUUAUUACAGGAUGUGGGAGCCAAUUUGUAUGCCAUUAGUAAUGUAAUACUCAAAAGAAAUGGAGACAGACUGUGUUUCUUUGUAAAUGCAUGUUAUGAAGUCUUUACAUGACACAUCUUCUGUGUGUGCAUGUCUGUGCAUAUGUGUUUCUGUGUACUGUCAAAUGCUGUUGAUCUUACUUUCUUUAUUAUAUUUUUUAUAUUUUAAUGUACAUCUGAAAAACAAACCCUAUAUUUUUUUAACUAUUUAUUUAUUCUCUUGUCUCUGUCACUGUUACUCAUGUUUCCUUUAUUCAACUCCAGAACAUUAAUCAAGUAAGGGUUUGACUUACACAGUCAGGUUGGUAUUUGUUUACAAUGUGAACAAUGUUCUCUACGUUCCAUGAACCACCUCUGUGUAUCAAUUGUUCAACUAUUUGUUUAAUUAAUUGUAAUACCUGGAGAAACAUUUGCCUACCUAUGAAUACACUUACACCUAUGUCAGUGUAUAAAGACAGGGUUUUUUUGCAAUGUUUUACUUUGCAUGAUGUAUAAAGUUACAAAUCUGUUAAGAAGUUAAUUUAAUUCAUCAAGCAAAAGGCUUUUAUAAGUAUUACUUCACAUUGGUUCUUAUUUUCAUAAAUGUUUUUCUUGGUUAUGAUAACAUUUUAGUUAAAAAUGAAUUCCUGCUAUUUGUUUAUACAAUGUCAUUACUAUACAUCUGAAUCAUGCAGUUUGAAAUCAAGCCAACACUAUAGCAAAAGGAUCACCUUUUUUUGAAGUUUAUUUAAAAUUGAGUAUGCAUGCCCAAGUUAUAAUAAGGUCAAGGUUGGACUGAGCUGUGAGUUUGUUAACUUAACCAACCAGUGUUGUUUUAUCUUAUAAUCAUAAAAUGUGUAUUUACUGA